AUGAAGUCCGGACUCCUAGACCCGAAAUGGAAGUUUCGCGACCACAUUAUCCAAUUGAUACUCGUCACUCUCAUAAUUAUUCUCUGCGGAGUGUAUUUAAGUAUGCCUGGAGUCAUCCCCGUGCGGUCGGAGAUCAUGGCUAUACCUUUUUCCGUUAAAUCAAUCGUCAUAAUAGCCUAUCAGCUGUUAACUGAGCACACGCAACGGUUCAGUAAAUGGGCAAGCACCAAAGCGAAUGCGAUUCUCAACUGCCUUGAGACGGUGUUUUGGCUCACCUUGAUCAUUCUGAAAUUCAUGGGAAUAUCCAGGACAUGCACCGGUGGCAGCUGCGGUGUCAACGUGACCCUGACUUUAGUGAUAAUGGUUGUUUUCGUCCUGACCGUUCACGUUGCCGUUCUUUCGGUGAUUGAGCGACGCAAUUCCAAGAGGUAUGGCAAAUAG